CUCUUUUAAAGAAAGGAUUAGUUUCGUCCCACAAUGGGUUGUUUCGUUGAUCUAAAGUUACAAAGAUGUAGAGGAGACCUCGGAGUUUCGUACUGUUGAGUAACAUUAGCAUUUUCUUGCACUUUCAUCUUCUUGGCUACAAGGACAACUCAAAGACUGUUAUCCAUGAAAACGUCUAAAUUUAGGCUAAUUUGACACAGACGUGUAAUGAUGUACACAUUGCACAGGCACUUAACAAAAAGUCUAAAGUACUUUCCAUACAAAAACUGACGAGGAUGUCUGCCUUGUAUGUUUGACUGAAAAACCGGAACUGCUGUUAAGUGAUUCACUUCAUAUCAGCUGAUGGUAGUCCAACGUACAUAUAAUCAUUUCCUCUCAGCUAAAAACAACAGAUCGCCAUUCCCAAGCUGCUGGAAAAAUGAAAGUAGAAAAUUUAAAGUGGAAAUGGGUGCUUCAUACUGACGAAUUGGAACGAAUAUCAAGAUAGUUUAGAGUUGCAAAACAUUUGCAUUUAAUGCAAAAAUGCUGGUCAGUUUGCACUGCAUCUUUAUAGUUCUAGUUUCAUUUCUUGAUGCAGCUUUCUCAGCAUACUCUUUGAGUGAUAACAGAUGUACACAUACUCUACCAAAGCAACAUGAUGUGUUCUAUGAUGUCUUCAUGGAGCCCCACCAUGUGGUAAAGCGUCGCAGUGUGGAUAAGCCACUCAAGAUACACAUUCACUUUGAUGAAAGUGUGAAUUCUUUGCCUCUGCCUCAUAAUAACUUAAUCAGGGCAGAGGUUGAAAAGGCAGUCAAAUACUGGGAAGCAUUAUUUGUGCGUGCCACGGAAGUAAAAAUCAGACUUCGCCAGCAGUGCAAAAAUGUACGGGUCAGCUAUCACAACAAGAGAGUGUACUGCAUCAAUGAGUGUGCUCCUAAAACAGUGUGUGGAGAAAUUAUCAUACCUUCGAAACAUUUGGAGGACUGCUAUUAUUAUGACGAAGGAAAAUCUCAGUACCUGAAUGACUUAACUGGUGGGCCUGGUGUAAUAAACGCUGACUUUAUUUUGUACGUUGCAACAAUUCAGUCAGCUCGCUGCGGGCAUGGUAGGACUGUGGCCUAUGCUGCUCACUGCCAACAAGAAAGUGCGCUGGACAGGCCAGUUGCUGGAUACUUUAGUGUAUGUCCUGAGUCCAUUGCUGACAACUGGCAAGAGAGGCAGCAGUUGUUCUCCACAAUAAAGCAUGAAAUUCUCCAUGCACUAGGCUUCACUGCAAGUCUUUACGCAUUUUAUCGGGAUGCAGAUGGAAAUCCUCUAACAGAGAGGAAUGAAUUCACAGGAAAACCUCUAAACUUUGAUGGAGCGAAAGCUAUGUAUCGAUGGAGUGACAGAGUAGUGAAAGAAAUACAGCGCACUGACUGGCAUCUGCAAACAGGUCUGGUACGGAAAAAUGUCAGCAUGAUUGUAACCCCAAAAGUGCAGGAAGAGGUGCGGAAGCAUUUCAACUGUUCAACUCUUGAAGGAGCAGAGCUGGAAGACCAAGGUAUAAAUGGAACAGCCAUUACUCACUGGGAAAAGCGUGUUUUUGAGAAUGAAGCCAUGACUGGGACAUACACCCAGAAUUCCGUAAUAUCUCGCAUCACUCUAGCACUGAUGGAGGACACCGGGUGGUAUAAGGCAAAUUAUGAAAAUGCAGGGGAUUAUGAAUGGGGCAAAGGACUUGGUUGCGAUUUUGUUCAGAAGAGCUGCUAUCACUGGAUUUCGACACGCCUCAAAAACAAAGAGAGCAUCUACCCAUACUGCAAACAGAUAAAACGUGGAGAGCUUUGGACAGACUGUACUCAUAAUCGCCAUGCUGUUGCUUUGUGUAAUCUGGUGGAAUUCAGCCAUGACUUGCCAAUCCAGUACCAGUAUUUUGAAAAAAAUCAGCUGGAGGGCAUACAGCCUGGCAAUGAGAGAAAAUAUGGUGGAUCUGUGAUGCUUGCUGACUACUGUCCGUAUCUUCAGGAAUUUUCCUGGACAAGUCAACAGAAAAUUGUCCGAGGUUCCAGCUGUGUUCUGGAGUCCAACAGUAUUAGUGAGAAUGGGAACUACUUUGGGGAAGUCUAUGGGAACCAGUCACGUUGCUUUAACCACAAUGGACAAUGGCUGCUUUACAAGUGUGCAGAUGUCAACUCCCCACAGCACAGUGGCAGUGGCUGUUACAAGUUUUCCUGCAGCAGUGACCGGGGCUUGUUAAUAGAGGUGUGGGGUACCUCAUAUCCUUGUUACCAUGCAGGAUACAUUCACAACUUUACAUUCACAUCGAAACAAUACCUUCACAAAGGUUCUGUAAUCUGUCCAGACUGUCGGGAAGUAUGUCAGAAUUGCCCUCCUGAUCGACCAGCUCCGCUAAAGCAGCUGCGUCAGGUAGACCCACCUGUACCUUGCACUGCUAGAUCGUCCACAGAACUGCACUUUGUUAACAUUGUCAUUUGUACUCUUGUCUCAGCCUCAUUUUUAUGCAUACAUGAAUUACCCAAUGUCUUUCAAAUGAGAUGAUGUGUUUUUAUGUUAAGAAGGGGAUUUAAUAACCAGUGUGCAUUCAUUAUACCUCUAGGAAAAGCAAAAUGUGUUAAUAGUAUCCUUACCUGCAUGAGAAGGAAGGUGGAGAAGGUAAUACUGACAAAUGUUUGAUCUUAAUAUUCCUGUUGCACAAUUUUAGAAUAUUUUCCUGUGUUAAAGGAACACUGCAGUUGACUAGCAGGUUAAAAUAAUAAAUCCUGGAGUUCUGAAUUGUUCAGAUUACAAUUAAGGGUUUUAAAAGAAUCAUUUUUUAACACUUUUUUAUGCUUUUCGUGUAAAAAAUGGCAUUUCUUGACUGGCCCAGUAGAUACAAUUUUAACCUGAAAUUGUGAGGGGGAAUAUUUCAGAGUAUUAGCACUUAUUGAAGGCCAGCUUUCUAAUUCACUUGCCUUUAGUAGGACUGCAAAUGGCUACUCCUCACAAACCCAUUUGAUAUCUGAGUUGAGUUCUAGCUAAGAAUUUGUCUGUUAGCUUCCAGUUGAUUUUCAGCAUGAAUCAAAAGGGUCAUUAAUUAUGACAACGGAGAAAACAAGUUGGAGAUGAGUUGAGGUUCUGGUAUAAUUAUGAGAGAAUAUUUUUUGAAAUAUUUAAAAUAGAAAAGGAAUUUGCUUCAUUGUUGUAAUGAGAGCAAUUGUUGUCAUUGAAACAGUUUUGAAACAAAUAACGAGAGUGAAAAAAAAUAUAUAUAAACUUAAUAAGACGAAGGGCUGUUCUUUUGACACUGUAAAAAGAAUUGACUGGCAGUGUGAGCUGUGGAAUUAGCUUUAUUUAAAAUGACAGCUGAGUUACGUGUCAAGCUAAUCUGUGCCACCUAUGCUCAUCAGCUGUUAAAAAGGAAGUGGCAAUAUGUUCUGCACUGUCUGGAACAGACUCAAACUUUGUGUGUGUGUGUGAGGUGUUUAGAUGGAAAUAGAUGAAGAUUUGUUUUGAAUUUCCCAGAUUUUUGCAUGUAUGUGUUUACUAUAGAUUUUUGUUAGUAAUUUAUGUAAGAAAAUACAUUUUUCUCAAAUUCUUAUUUCAAACUUUUAUUCUUUCAUUCCUUUUCUUCUCUACUUUCUUUUUUUUCUUUUCUAGUAGCUUAACUGUAUGUUUGUAAUUUUGCACUGGUGCUGAAAUAUUAUGUCCUGAAAAUGUCACAUUGCAUUUACAAUCGGAGUGUCUUAUUUAUGUGCUUGCAUGUUAUUUAAUGAGUUAUGAACUUGGUCAUGUCUGGGUGUUGUAUGGGUUUGUAAUAAAUAAAGUGCCUCUACUUUCCCUUACUUCAUAGGAAAAUUAUGGAUGUGUGUUGCAUUUAGGGAUUUUAUCACAUGCUGUAUUUUGCCUUUUAAUUCAUGUGUAAUCAGGGUUAGUGGAAAACUAAGAAAUGGCGGCACACCUCUGUUUAUACAGUAAUUCAGUUUAUUGUCCUGAAGCUUUUUAUUGAUGUUUGUGCAGCCUGGCAUGGCAAAGAAUGCUGUACAUGGUAGACGGCAUCAAACAAUGUGUUCUUUCAGUUUGCGGGUUUUGAUGAAGUUUUAAUGAUUUUUAUGUGACAUGACACAAGAUGGUUUUAAUUUUUUUCAUUUGCCAUAAUAUAAAAUAGGUUUUUUACACCAUUUAUUGCUGAUUUAUUGGUUUUAUAGGUAAUCUUCUUUUUAGGUUACUUUGACAAUAACUUUAUUAAAAGCAAGUAGUGGAGACAGUGAUGAGUCAAUGAAUACUUGUUCCAAAAAUAUGGACAGCACAUAUAAUUAUUGGAUUGCUGUCUGUCUGCCAAGACCAACGCUUACCCUAAACAAUGAAUGUGACUAAGCCGGACACUUUGUACACAUCUGCCUCGUUUUAGUAGUUAACUAGAAAAAAAAAUUGUCUGCCAGCAGUCCAGUAAUACAAGUUUGUGAUACAAAGGAUAUUGGUAAUUAUUGCAGAGAGCUGUAGACAGCAUUUCUGUCAAUCUAAUGCCAGAAUGUGGGCUAAUUCCAGUAUUUUUAUCUUGCCUGUGAUUUUUGGUAUGCUGAGUUUUGAGAAUGUCAUAGUUGAGAGUAUGAUGACAACGAAUAAUGCACUUACGUUUGCCUUCCUAUGUUAAGGAAGCAAGAGGUCUGUAGGUCAGAUUAGUAACAAGAAUCUUAUUGUAAAAGGUCACAAUAACUGAUCUGAAAGACUAGUUUAAUAUGCAUGACUGUGUCUAAAGAACAAUUAAUUUGUGUAGUUCUUUUUCCUGAGAUUUUAUAGUAAUGAUUAUUUAUUAUUUUUUGUUGGUGAAUGCUUGCAUAAAUAUUGAGCAUAUAGAGGGGUUUGAGCUAAUUUUAUUGUUUUCUUUUGAAAUCUGUGACAUCAAGUAGUUAGAAAUUUGAAGACUUUUUUUAAAAAUUCCAAGAAAUGAACACAAAGAGUUUUUCUUUGAUUCAUUUUUUUUAUAUUUUGCAGGGAAAGUGGGGGGUUGGGUGUUUCCAAACUGAUAAGAGGAAGAUUUUUUGCAGGCAGGUAGAUGGUAUGAAUUAUUUUUGGACUGCAUGGAGAAUGAGGUAAAAGGUAGUUGGGAAAGGUCCGUAGAACAUAAUGUACUUUAGUCGUAACGUAUGGUUAAAUUGCAAUAGACAUGCAUGUACAUGGUAAGAUUAAAUGAAGCUCUUGCACGUAUCUUUCAACAAUUAAAAUUUCUUUUAUUUUUUUUCAAUUUAUACACAGUAUGUGUCAGUUGAGGGAGUAAGAGAUUUAUAAGUGUACAAGCAUAUACUUACAUGAGCUUGCAUGAAGAUAACUUGCUGCAAAGUAAUAAAAUGAUAAAAGCGAUAACAAAAUUUUUGUCCAAACUAAUAAGCUAAUAAAAUACACUACUUAUUUAAACUAUGUCAUCGCUUAAAACAAGUGUCUUCAACGGCA